AUGGUUUAUCUACUCACUCAUGUAAAUCUCCGAUCCGCUGAUGAUAACGUGGAUGAUGGCUUUAACGAUACAGGUCUUGGGCUACCAAGAGAUCUUCCACCUGGAAUUCAUCUUGUUUUGCCCAAGCCACCUCCACCCCCAGCCAGCCUCACUACUCCACUAGGCGAAGAAAACAAGGGUGCUCAACUGUUGGCAAAGAUGGGAUGGCGAGCCGGAGAAGGCCUUGGCAAAGAUAAAUCAGGCAUCGCAGAACCAGUCAGUGUUUUCUAGCCAGUUGCUAUUGCCUCCAAUUUAGGGUUCACUUGUGGCCUUCACCUUCGUGUGUAUCCUCCCGAGCUUUUACAGCUUGGUGCUAGGUCUAAGUGUAUUCAAGGCGGAUCGUGCCAGACUACAAACACUUCACAACUUUUGCAAUAUUUGCUUAAAGUGGCCAUCGGUCGGCGAAUAAACCAGCACGCAGGACUAGGCCUUGGUGGUAGCCUCUCGGGUCAUAAUUCGAAUGUCACAUCGAUUGACGCCACCCCCAGUGAACUCGAACAGGCAAGGCGGCGCGCCACUACUUUGGAGCGAUAUAAACGACUGGAAGAAAAGUGUGAUUCAUGA